UCCGCCUGGCAUGGCGAUUUCCGAAUCUUUGAUUGCUGCAUUCAGUCCAGUUUCUGUGAUUGCAAACAAGUCACAUCCUGAGGAUUCUAGCAAUGAUAGAAAUUGAGUCGUUUUUGUCCGAAUUCCUCUCACGUUCUGGUAUAAUAUAUAAUAAUUGAGAACAUUAUGUUUGCAUUCUGGUUUGAUUGGUUGAUUGACGAAAAAAAUUAAUCCAUUCGCAAAUUUCUACGUUUACUGGCCACAACUCCGGGUCACAAAGCUUGUUAAAGUCAGUGACAGUAACGCCAACUUUGAAUGAGGCAUAAUCCCGUUCAAUUUUAGGUCUUACUUUUUCAAUUGUAAUUUCUGAUUCACUGCCUAAUACUCUCAUAAUAUGCUCUUUUAAUAUAUCUUCCUAUAUAUGUAGUUGUUUUAUCUAAUCGCCAAAUAUGUAAAUAUUUCUUCCGCUCCACCGCUUUUAGUAGAACAACUGACGAAUUACCACCCCUUAUUAUUGGGUUAUAUCUCCUUUUCUUCGUUACUUCUACCCAUUGGUUAUUGUUCUGUUCACCGUCUUGAGAAUUCGAUGGCGUUCUGGCUACCCCCGCGUAGGUAAGGUCAUGCCCUGACUGAGUGGGCAUGACCUCAGGCGGCAGUGCAGGCGCCAGAACAGGCUCCGGCGCAGUUAUCGGCCUAGGCACCGGCGUAAGCCGGGGUUGGGGCCUGGAUCAGUUACCAGCGGCACGGGCGUCGACGCCGCAGAAGCGCGGCGCUUAGCGGGCUCGCGCGGUGCCCCGCGCGCCUUUGCUCGCCGCGCUAACACGGCCGCGGCCACCGACGUCGCCAAGGGUACACGUACGCCGUCCGCAUUGAUGUUGUUUGGCAAUGUAUCAAUAUUGACAGUAGGUGUCAUUGUGGUACCUUUUUGUAGACAAAGACCAAUAGUAUCUCCGUUUUCUUCAUUGCUAUGCUUUUGAUUUUCUACUAUUGCAAUUUGUUUCUCGUAAGAAUUACAUUUUUCUUUAACCUCCUUUAAUUCUUGUCGUAACUUAGUAUUUUCCAAAGCUAAUACAUUUAUUGUACUUUGUAUUUCUUUUAUAAUUCUUGUUUCAAAGUCACAAAACUUUCAAAUAAUUAUACUAUUAAUAUUCUCAAUUAACGGUGCAACAUUUUUAAACUCCUUCAAGGUCAAUGACCUUUUAGGCACCUGGUUAUCUUCAUUUCGCCCUGGUUCCUUUGACAUCCGGGUACCUUCUUCAACAUUUACCAUAGCUGUACAAACACCACGUACUGGAGUUUCAUCCGUUGAACGUACUCGCCGAGUAACAUUGGAACACGAGUUGCACUUAAAAGUACUUUCCAGUUGAGUCUGCCCCUCUUUUAAUGCAACCGGGGUGAUGUUUACGCAUUUGUAGUGAUAAUUUUCCUUACAGCUAUUGCAUUUAAUACCCUCCCCCAGAUUCAUUUUUAAAUCACAAAUAAUGCAGUUCAUUUUGCUUGCGAAGCGUCGUCGACCCCGUAAACUACUGGAUUAGCGAACACUGUACCACAGUGGUCAUUCAUGCAACCUAGUGGUCCUCAUUAUCAGCAAUGGUGUUACAAUAAGCGGAAUAAAUCAUCUUUUAAAAUCAAAGCAUUGAUUUUAAUAUAGUGAAAAAAUGUUCGCAAGUAAAGGUAAACAACGCGUGCAGUAAUUGUGCGAGCGGUAUGACAACAGCAAGCAAGCGUUAUACUCCAGUGUUGUUUGAGCAGCGCACAGUGACUGUGCGAGUAGUACAGCAAUAGGCGCGGGCGGUGGGUGCGCGCGGGAGAUGCGGGAGGCGCCGGUGGGUGGUGCGUGCGGCGCGCGGCGCGAGACGUGAGCGUCCCAACCGUUGGAUUAUUAAGUUUGAAAAUGUUUUUGUUAUUCCUUCUAUUACACUGUAUUUAUAUUAGUCACAAAAACGUCACUUAGCUUCACUGAGCGAUUGCAAAGAAUGCAUCUGUAUGGCGUUUUCCCUAGCCCCGGCGUACCUGCGAAUAGCUGGGCCAUCAACCGCACACAUGACCUUCCACAACAAAACCAUCUCCAUCAACGAGAUUAACCAUGACGACCUGAAGAGCCCUGGUUUCAUAACGGACGUGCCUAAAAAGGUUCCAUUAAGUUUCAAUUCCCGAAGCUUGGAAGUCACUCACCAGCAAUGGAAGCGGUUCGUCUACUGGGCCAAGUCCACUGGGUUUGAUCUAGUGUUUGCAUUGAAUAAUGAGGAGAAAACUGUGACUGGCAUAUGGGACCCCAACACUGCUCUCAGAAUAUUGACGGUAGCUGAGAAGGCGAAGGUUGGCAACAUAUUUUGGGAGCUGGGAUAUGAAUGCAAUAACCAGUCCAUCGAAGAGUACCUGAAUGACCUUGAAACUCUUCGCUACAUCAUCGAGACCUUCCCACCUGGUCGCACGGAGGAGUGGAAGGUUGUCGGCGGUGACGUCACCAAGUGCCUACAGGCUGACUCCAAGAGUGACUUCAAGGACUACCUCACGCUUUCCAACGAUAUGAUGGAUGCUCUUCUGUUGAAUGGAAAUUCUACGUCGUACCAAAUGGAGCGCAUGUCGGAAUACGAUCGCAUGAAGAUCCUGCGAAUGUUCGCCCGCAGCGAAACGCCGCUGUGGCUGACCGAAAUUAACCGGCGGCAGUACAAUGACCUGGAGCGGGCGGCAGACUGGCUCGCCAGGCUCGGCUACUCUGCCAAGAACGGGUUCACUGUGCAUUAUAGGGAGCUAGAGGAAGAAGAGUUGUAUGAACCAACACUCAGUUUCUACAUGGCCCUCUUAUUCAAAAACCUGGUCGGUGAGCGUGUGUUGAAUGUCAAUAUGGAACCCCAACAAGCGAUUCUAUUCGCGCACUGUACAUCGCUGCGUCACAAGCCAAUCCCCGGGGCUGUCACUUUCUUUGGAGCUAAUAUGGAUGAUGAACCUGCUAGAUUUUCUCUAAAGCUGUCUCACAGGGAGGAAGGUGGUGAUAUCAUGCAGUUUAUACUCGGAAGUGACCACAACGGGAACAUUGUCGUCAAUGGUCGGGCCAUGUUCUACGAGGGUGAUUUAAACCCCGUGGUGAAACGUGUUAGUCCAUACAGAACUUUGAUUAUCAACCUACCGCCUAAAGCUUUUGGAUUUUGGGUCCUUGCCAAUACUAAAAUUGAAGCAUGUCACGACAUUGAGAACAGUAAUAAAACAUUUAUCGAAGCUAAGACGGUAAAUAAUGCCAGACCGAAGCGCGCUGUCGAUGAUGAUAUUGAUGACGUUAAUGUGUAUGUAGCGGACAUAUCAUACGAUUUUGAAGAUUUCCCUAAUGACUAUAUUACUGUGAACGCAGCUUUAAGAAGAAGAAUCAAUGAUAUGAACAAAGGUUUGAAAAUAAAUAAAGGAAUUUUCCAAAGACAUCAAAAUUCCGGCAGAGUUAAAAGAAAUGAUGUAGAAAGUAGUAUACCAAGAGGCAAGUGGAGAAUACCAUCAUUAAAAGACAAAAUUGAUAGAAAAUUUCAUCGAGGUUUCAUUCCAAGAGGUCUUCUUCAUGAUCUGUUAGAAAGAGCGAGAGAAACAGUUGAUAACUUGAAUAAAAAUAGAGUUAUUAAGAGGAAUUCGCUUUAUCCAAGAAUAAGUUCAUUCAAGCCAAGAAAUUAUAAAAAUGUUAAGAGUAAGCCAAAAUAUCUACCAAAAACUGCAGUACACAAUAAUGGCACAGCUAAUACGUAUAAAAGUGACAAAAAUAAUUCAGAGAAGCUAGGAACAUCUGAAGAAAAACCAAAGAAUAUUAAAACAAUCGUUAGAAAGCUGAGUUGAUGAAGUUUUUGACUAAAUUCAAAGCUGAAAUAAAUGAUAUUUCUUAAGACACAGAUGUGGGUUUUGUUGAAGGGCUCACUUUGAAAACUAAACUGUCAGGUGACAGCGCCACCAUACAAGUCAAAGAUUCAAACCAAAGAAUUCGAAUUUCGAAGAUUUUAAUAGCAAUUUAAUCAAAGUAUCAACCACCAGUUUGUUCGACUAGUGUGCAGUGAAUAGCUUAACUAAUUAUAAAUCUGAAAGAUUUUUAUCCAAAAGAUUAUUGAAACUCCACCUUUACAUUCCUAUUGAACCCCUUAAAAGUAAGGUGUGGUAUUUAAAAACACGUGAAAUGGACUUUCAAACUGAACUAUUUUGAUAUUACUUCGUAUGUAAAAAUAAAACAGUUGCUUUUAAUUCCAAAAAGAUUUCGCUUGUGACUCUCGUUAUCGUUAUCACAACCUACAAGAAUUGCAAUGGCAUAUUGCUUCUAAAAGUCUGAAACUUUCAGGACCAUCUUAGGUUGCCAAUGACAAACGAACAGUAUUUAUUGUCUAACGCCACUU